AUGUCAGACAAGCCGGAGAGCAGCAAGACUCAACUCGAAGAGGAUCUCAUCGAACCAUUGUUCCAAAAGGAUUUCUUGUCACAGUUACCAGUGGAGGUUGCUUAUCGCAUCAUCGCCUAUUUAACACCGUGCGAUUUAACGCUUUGUGCGCGCGUUUCGCGGACGUGGCAGCGAAUUUGUGAAGAUGAUCGGACGUGGCGACAGAAAUGUUUGGAGAAAGGAUAUGUGAAAUUUGAUGUGCCAAGCUUUCGUUUUCUCGGAGGUGGGGCGGCGAAUCGAGCAAAUGAGGAAGCGGGAAUCACAAUCCCACAUAUGGACCUUCAAGCAGCACAUCAGAAUCGACGAGAACGCGAGAUCGCAUAUGGACAGUGUUAUGAGCGAUCGUCAUGGAAGUCACUGUACUUGCGAAAGAAGCGAAUCAUUUCGAAUUGGCGAUCCCGACCGAUUCAAUCAAGCACUGUCCAAAAGGCUCAGGAUGAACAUGUCUACAACAGGUUUACUUGUCUACAAAUUCACUCUGGUCGUAUCGUAGCUGGUUAUCAUGGUGCGUUGCGGGUUUGGAAUGUUGAUGAUGCCCAACCGGCUCUCACUCUAACUGGCCAUAUGGGUCAUAUUUCGACAUUUCAAGUGAGCGAUGAUGGCGAAUACAUUGUCAGUAGCGGGUUUGAUGAAACGGUGCGCGUUUGGUGUGGUCAAACCGGUGCACAGCUUCAUUUUUUGCAGGGACAUACGUCGUGGGUUAACUGCAUGAGUCUACAUGGCACAACUCUUGUUUCUGGAUCGCGCGAUCAAACUCUCCGAGUCUGGGACAUUGUCGACGGGAAAUGCCUUCACAUUUUGACUGGCCACUUGGCGGAGGUGCGUUGUGUACAAUUUGAUGGAAAACGGGUUGUGUCUGGUGCCGAUGAUUCUACUGUAAAGGUUUGGAAUGUGCAGACGGGGGAGUGUUUGCAGACGCUGACGGGUCACACGAAUCGAGUCUAUUCACUUUUGUUGGACCCGAAACGCGAUCUUGUCGUCUCGGGAAGUCAGGAUAAAACGAUGCGCGUCUGGGAUUUGCGAAGAGGAGCAUGCAUCGCAAUUCUUCGGAGUGGCGACAGGCGCUACUAUGACAUGCAACUUCGCGGAACCAUUUUGGUCGCCUGCUAUGUCGAUUGGGGCGUUGGGCUCUGGGAUGUGGAUAAAGGUAUCUUUGUUCGUGACCUCCUUCGUCUGCAGGCUGGCG